GUGCACGUGCUUUCACUGUAGCAACACCCGUCUCCAACAUAGCUGCAUAUACAGGAGUUCAAUCCGAUGUGCCCACCCCCUUUACGACUAGUUUGUCGCAAUCAGCUCAUUUGGGUAGACUCCCGUGCUCUCUGGUGGAGAACGGCAAUCUCUCGGAUGAUUUCACGUGAUGGCCUUGCUUUCCCGGCUCCUGUCGCUCCUCCUUCCUUUCUUACCACCUUUUGCACCUUCACACCCCCUUUUCUCAAGCGAGGCCGCCCCUCGGUGUGAGGUGACGCUCUGGGAGGCACAGGUAUUUGAAUUCUUUCAUUUAUCCUUCCUUGCGGCGCCCACAGUCACGGCCAGAACCUGGAACAACCCGCCCAGCCCUACAAAUGUCCCUGGUUGCAUGGCUUGGAGUGUGGCCGGAAACACGACAGCAUGCAGCUGUCACCCACCACCAAGGCGUCUCCCCAGCCACUCACACGGAGAGGUCUUGAAUCUUUGCUGCUUCCCACCCUCCACGAACCAACAUCCCACCUUCACAGCCUCCAAUCGUGGCCACCAGGGACCAUUCCAAUUGGGUACAACAAUCCGAACACUGGUCCGAGAGGCUUUCCCUCUGCACUCUCACCACGAUCCCCCCAAUGAGAGACGCAGCACCCAGACUUGCACUUGUGAUCGCCCCCAAAAUGGCGAUUGGAGAGGCUGAUCCCCCGUCCCGAGAGUCGGAUCCAGGUGGAGUGGCCGCUGGGUUGGCUGCGGGAAGAUCACAGCUCUCGGAGUCCGCCAUCGAUCAGCUCGGGUUUAUUAUCGCAAUAUAUGCCCGCGAGUGGCACUGUUAACGUUCGGCGCAGUCAGAGUCCAGCCCCCACGCGCUGACCUGACAGCCUGGGCAAAAGCGCCC